AUGUCCGAUUCUCAGUUGCCGGGUGCGACCGCACCGUCAAAUGAAAAGCCCGAUACCGGGUUCAUUCCCGGUGAUGAUACGAUGACACAGUUUCGCAACAUCUACUCUAUCUUGACGGGGAAAAUGUCACCAGAGGGAAUUGAGCAGUUCCGCGUUGCGCGAGACAUUCGAAAUGAAGCUGCUGACUGUAAGCGGUGUGAUGAACAGCGUGACUACCUACUUCAAUGGAGUGAGUUUCUUGAUUCGAAAUUGCUUAAAGCGAAUAGGCUAAUAAUCCGUGAUAAAGGUCCGACAAUCCGCUUCCUCAGUGACAACAUUCGGCAACUUGGCGGCGAUCUUCACAGUCACAAUAUUUAUUGCCGCCGCUGUACCGACCGAAAGGGCGGCGGGUUUGAUCCCGAAUAUGGAAUAUUGAUCUGUGCGAAUGAGAUGAAAGACCAGGGGCAUUUGGAGGACACCAUGGCUCAUGAGAUGGUUCACGCCUACGAUCACCUGCGGUUCAAAGUCAAUUGGACUGAGAACUUGCGACAUGCUGCGUGUACAGAGAUCCGAGCCAGCUCGCUCAGCGGCGAGUGUAGAUGGGCACGCGAGUUCUUCCGACGGGGCCAAUGGAAGCUUACCCAGCAACACCAGGAGUGUGUCCGGAGACGAGCUGUCUUGUCCGUAAGGGCACGGCCUACUUGCAGGACGAGGCUCAUGCACAGCAAGUGGUCAAUGAGGUCUGGGACAGCUGCUUUAGAGACACUCGGCCAUUUGAUGAAAUUUACCGAUGAUACCGACCCCACUGCGCUCUCCCCUCUUUACGUCCAUGAUUCCACUUAG